GGCGUGGCCUCAUCCUGUGUGCCCCGCCCACAGCUGUGCCCGCUGCCUCCCGACAUGGCCACACCCACUGCAGAGCGGGAGCCAAUCAGAGCGGCUUGGAGCCACGGCUCCGCCCACGGGGAGGUGACGCUCUGUCCUAAAGGGGAGAAGGAGGCGUGGUGGGCGGAGCCUGCAGUGCCACAGGAGCUCUUCUGGCCGGAAGUGGGCGUGGCCGAUCGGGCGGUGCUUGAGGAGCUGCUGGGCGCCUGCAGGGAGCUGCUGGAGUUGGAGCCGCGCAGCCGGGGCUGCCUGCUGACCCUGCUGCUCCUGCUGGCCGCCAUCGACCCCCUGGGCCAUGAGGAGGAAAUGCGGCGCUGCCUGCGGGCCCUGCAGGAGGUGGACCCUCUGCGGAUUGGCUUCGUGGCAGACAUGGCCUCGAGGGCGGAGCUUGCGCUGGCGCUGCUGAGGGAGGGAGCGGAGCCUGAGGAGCUCCGCCUACCCGGGAAGGUGAUUGGACAGGGCUUAAAAGGGGGGGCGGGGCCGGGAGUGGGCGGGGUCUAAAGAGUGGGAUUUAAA